GACCACAUUUAAUACCACCGCCCCUCUCUCUACAUACACUCCCAAACUCAUAUAACCCCCACGCUACCACAAACACACACACACAACACAAUCCCAAUCUCCAAAUCAUGUCGCGGCAUUCGAUUGUUAGAGUUCUCGCCGCGGCGCUCGCAGCGCAGGUGGAGGCGCCAGCGGGGUCGGGGCCGGCGCCGGCGCCGGGGCCGGACUGCAUGACGGCGGUGCUGAACGCGUCGGACUGCCUGGGGUACGUGACGCCGGGGAGCAAGGACCGGCGGCCGGACAAGGCGUGCUGCCCGGAGCUGGCCGCGCUGGUCGACUCGCAGCCCGUCUGCCUCUGCCAGCUGCUCAACGGCACCGCGGCCGCGGCCUACGGCAUCUCCAUUGACACCGCCCGCGCCCUCGCCCUCCCCAAGGCCUGCCGCGUCGACACCCCGCCCCUCAGCCUCUGCGCAGCGAUCGGAUUCCCCAUAAAUUUUGGGCCUUCACCAGCCCCAUCUCCGGGAACCAGCCCGCUAUUGCCCGGUUCGACGCCGACCGCCCCCCCAUCGGGCGCCGACCGUGGCAUUCGAGGCCUCAGAGCCGUCGAUCUGGCCUUCCUCGCCGCGCUAUCGUACGCCAUCGCCGCAUCCGGAAUCUUCUAGACUAUGCAAAUUGAAAAAGAUGUUUUCAUUCUUGGUUUCCACCUUUGUAGCUUGUAUGUUUGUGUUUCAUUCUAUCCCUCUAUCUCUCAUUGAGGAGUAGAUAGAAGUUUCAAUAAUUUUGUGAUGUAAUUUAACACUUCUGUGUGAAUGUAUCUUAUUUAUUUAUUUUUCUUUUUUAGAAAAAUUACGUUAGCAUUGAAUUCA